AUGCUUGCUCGAAGAAUACUCGUCAACUCGCGCUAUCUGCGCACCUCGCAAGCUCCCACCUUGCGACAAACAUUACCAUCGUUAGCUCAACAAUUACGCUCAUAUGCAGACCAUUUUAUCAAGGUUCCGCCGAUGGCAGAGUCUAUCUCGGAGGGUACUCUUAAGCAAUGGACGAAGAAGGUCGGCGAUUUUGUCGAACAAGACGAGGAGAUUGCUACAAUUGAAACCGACAAGAUUGACAUAGCUGUAAAUGUACCAGAGUCUGGUACAAUCAAAGAAUUAUUCGCUGCUGAAGAGGAUACAGUUACGGUUGGGCAGAACCUGGUCCGCAUAGAACUUGGGAAAGCGGCUGAAAAUAGCCAAAAACAAGCUAGCCUAGACGACAACCUGGCUAACUCUACGGACCAGCCGGCCCCUUCAGUUUCUAAGACUGACAUAGAGGAGAAAUCAAAAUCAACAAUCUCCGAAUCGCAACCAGUCAAAUCGUCGCAGAAGCAAUCGCCUCAACCCCAUGAGACAAAAGCCGAGCAUAAAAAGGCACCGCCUUCGAAACCCGAUGCACCGCAUAGUGAUUCAGCUGCGAUACCAGGCAACCGCGAAGAGCGCAGGGUGAAAAUGAACCGAAUGCGGCUACGUAUUGCUGAGCGUUUAAAGCAAUCACAAAAUACAGCAGCUUCUCUAACGACAUUUAAUGAAGUUGAUAUGUCAGCGCUAGUAGAUUUCCGUAAGCUCUACAAAGACGAAGUCCUAAAGAAAACUGGUGUCAAGCUCGGAUUUAUGGGGGCAUUUUCGCGAGCCUCCGUGCUUGCAAUGAGAGACAUUCCAGCUGUGAAUGCUUCCAUUGAGGGGCCAAAUGGCGGAGAUACUGUUGUCUACAGAGACUAUGUUGACAUAAGUGUUGCUGUAGCUACAGAGAAGGGACUGGUUACUCCAGUCGUACGAAAUUCAAAUACUCUUGAUCUAAUAGAAAUCGAACGCAACAUUGCCGAACUUGGACAAAAAGCUCGGGAAAAUAAGUUGACCAUUGAAGAUAUGGCCGGCGGAACAUUUACUAUUAGUAACGGGGGUGUCUUUGGUUCCCUCAUGGGUACACCCAUUAUCAACUUGCCCCAGUCUGCCGUUCUCGGUCUCCAUGCCAUUAAAGACAGGCCAGUCGUCGUCAAUGGACAGAUUGUUAUCCGACCAAUGAUGUAUCUAGCGUUGACUUAUGACCAUCGUCUUCUAGAUGGCCGAGAGGCUGUACAGUUUUUAGUGAAGGUGAAGCAGUAUAUCGAGGAUCCUCGCCGUAUGCUUUUAUGA